AUGGACCAGAAGCAGCGCAUAGCCAUCGCCAGGGCUUUGGUACGGCGACCGAAGAUACUGCUUCUGGACGAGUCUACCAGCGCUCUCGACACCCAGAGUGAGGCCGUAGUGCAGGCGGCUCUGGACAGGGCCAGUGUGGGCCGAACCACAGUCAUUGUGGCGCACCGGCUGUCGACCGUCCGAUACGCCGACAAGAUAUUUGUGAUAAACAGUGGCCGAGUGGCCGAAGUGGGCACUCACGAGGAGUUGAUGCACAGGGAGGGCCUCUACUAUAAGUUAGUGCAAACGCAACACAAGGACAUGGAUAACGAUAAUGGCGCCGAUAGUAAUGAGCACCAGAGGAAUGACGUGUCGGACAAACGGGCGGUACUUUCGCGAGGGUUUAGCGUUGAGAGUGAUAGAAGUGGUCGGGAUUUGACGCUAAGACCCAAACAGAGCGUCGUUGAGACAGAUGACGAGGACAGGGAUGAGUCGUCGUCGGCCUCUUUGCGACGAUUAUUUGGUUUACUAAAAGACGACAAACUCCUGGCCUUUACGGGAAGUGUGAUGGCUUUCCUCAUGGGUCUCAUCAUACCGGCCUUCGCCACCGUCUUCGGCCAAAUCCUGAACACACUCUCGCAGUCGUCUACGGAUCAGAUCGAGGACGACGUCCUCCUGUACUCCAUGCUAUUCGUGGCCAUCGGUGUGGCCGCCGCACUCCUAUCGUUCGCACAGAUGUUUUUGUUUGGCAUUUGUGGCGAACGGCUGACAAUGAGACUCAGAAGAAUGGUAUUCACAGCGAUGUUAAGACAGGAGGUCGCCUGGUUUGACGACACCAACAACAGUACCGGUGCUCUCUGUUCACGGCUAUCGUCCGACGCGUCCAGUGUUAAGGGGGCGGCCGGCUCUCGACUGUCGACCCUCUGUCAGGCGGCGGCAACUCUGGGCGCCGGCGUUGUACUGGCGCUGUACUAUAGCUGGAAACUAGGACUAGUCAUCAGCUGUUUCAUACCACUGGUCAUUAUGUCGAGUUUCCUUCAGCUCAGGAUUACCGGCGCUCAGGUGUCCAGCGAUAAGAAGUCCAAAGAAGAGGCCUCGAGGAUAGCCGUGGAAGCCAUCAGUUGUGUCCGGACGGUCGCGUCACUACAUCAGGAAAAGGCAUUUAUCGUGAAUUACAUGAAGGCAUUGGAAACACAGUUCAAGAAAUCGCGAAUAACAGCCCAUUUGAGGGGCAUUUCCUUCGGUAUCGCCCAAAGUAUGGGUAACUUUUCCUAUGCCAUCGCACUCUUCUACGGCAGUCGACUCAUAGUGGACGGGCAGCUCGAGUACGGCAACCUAUUUAAGUGUGUUCAGGCGGUCAUAUUUGGCACGACUAUGGUUGGACAGGCAGUUGCAUUCGCACCGGACUACCAAACCGGUAGGAAAGCGGCGGUUAAUAUAUUCAAACUGUUGGACAGAGUGCCGAAAAUACGUGUCGACCCAAUGGUCGGCGAAAAGCCAUUGGUGUGCAACGGGAACGUCAGCUUCCGGAACAUUGAGUUCACGUACCCGACCCGCGCCGACACUAAAAUACUUAGAGGCCUCACUUUUGACGUGCAAAAGGGACAGACAGUGGCACUGGUAGGCGCCAGCGGGUGCGGAAAGAGUACUAUCAUUCAACUCAUGCAACGAUUCUACGACCCGGACGUCGGACACACCAUUCUCGACAACAAGAAUAUAGUGAACCUCAACAUCCAAUGGCUGCGCCGAAAGCUGGGUAUCGUAUCCCAGGAACCGGUGCUCUUCGGGUACAGUAUCGCCGAGAAUAUCGCCUACGGAGACAACAGUCGCGCCGUUAGCCUCCAUGAGAUCAUCCGGGCCUCCGAGAGGGCCAACAUUCACGCGUUCAUUAAAUCAUUACCCAUGGGUUACGACACACCCGUCGGCGACAGAGGCGCUCAACUCAGCGGUGGGCAGAAGCAGAGGAUAGCCAUCGCCCGGGCGCUGGUCAGGGAGCCCGACGUACUGCUCCUCGACGAGGCUACCAGUGCUCUCGACUCCGAAAGUGAAAAGGUAGUCCAACAGGCACUGGAUGAGGCCCGGGAGGGUCGCACCUGUAUUGUGAUCGCGCACCGACUGUCGACUAUACAAAAUGCCGAUAAAAUAGUAGUCGUCAGUAAAGGAAGGGUAGUCGAAGAGGGAAGUCAUCACCAAUUGAUAGCCAAAAGGGGCGCAUAUUAUGACUUAUAUAAUGUUCAAAGUUCUGUGAUAUGA